CAUGUUCUGCCUUUCCGAGUGAAUGCCGAAGUCGCGAACGGACCAUGUCUAGCGGUUCUGCUGAUUACAACAGCUCACGAGAUCGAGACCAUGGGGGGCCUGAAGGAAUGGAGCCUGAUGGUGUCAUCGAGAGCAACUGGAAUGAGAUUACGGACAAUUUCGAUGACAUGAACUUGAAGGAAACUCUCCUUCGUGGAAUAUAUGCAUAUGGUUUUGAGAAACCCUCAGCAAUUCAGCAGAGAGCUAUAAUUCCCUGCAUAAAAGGUUAUGAUGUUAUCGCGCAGGCCCAAUCAGGGACUGGUAAAACGGCCACGUUUGCCAUUUCCAUCCUGCAGCAGCUGGAGAUUGAGCAGAAAGAGACUCAGGCUCUGGUCCUGGCACCAACCCGAGAGCUCGCUCAGCAGGUAUGCUGUACCUGAGCUCACAAUAACACAAUAAGAUGUGUGUCUCAGACCAAGGCGGCAUAUUCUGGCAGUAGCCAAAUUCAAGAUUCAGAAGGUAAUCUUGGCUUUGGGUGACUACAUGGGUGCUUCAUGCCAUGCCUGCAUUGGAGGCACCAAUGUGCGGAACGAAAUGCAAAAGCUCCAGGCGGAGGCUCCGCACAUUGUGGUUGGCACACCAGGCCGUGUGUUUGACAUGCUGAACAGGCGGUAUCUGUCUCCCAAAUGGAUCAAGAUGUUUGUCCUUGAUGAAGCUGAUGAAAUGCUGAGCCGUGGCUUCAAGGAUCAAAUCUAUGAGAUUUUCCAGAAAUUAAGCACAAACAUUCAAGUUGUGCUGCUUUCGGCCACCAUGCCUGCUGAUGUGCUGGAGGUGACCACCAAGUUCAUGCGUGAACCUGUCCGCAUCCUGGUGAAAAAGGAGGAGCUGACUCUGGAGGGUAUUAAGCAGUUUUACAUCAAUGUAGAACGAGAGGAGUGGAAGUUGGACACGCUGUGCGACCUCUAUGAGACCCUGACAAUCACGCAGGCUGUUAUCUUCUUGAACACAAGAAGAAAGGUUGACUGGCUGACCGAGAAAAUGCAUGCCAGGGAUUUCACCGUGUCUGCUUUGCAUGGAGACAUGGAUCAGAAGGAGCGAGACAUAAUAAUGAGAGAGUUUAGGUCUGGCUCCAGCAGAGUGCUCAUUACUACAGAUUUGUUGGCUCGUGGAAUUGAUGUUCAGCAAGUUUCGCUUGUCAUCAACUAUGACUUGCCUACAAAUCGAGAGAACUACAUCCAUAGGAUUGGCCGCGGAGGUCGGUUUGGAAGAAAAGGCGUAGCUAUUAAUUUCGUUACUGAGGAAGACAAAAGGAUUCUUCGAGACAUCGAGACGUUUUACAACACCACCGUUGAGGAGAUGCCCAUGAAUGUCGCUGACCUGAUUUAAACUCCUGGGGUUUUAAUGUGGGGAUUAGCUGUUGAAUGAUCACUUCCAUUUGCGCUUAUUUUAUUGGAAGAAAAAUAUAUAAAAACGACUCUCCUCGAUGCUGGCUGCGGAUCCGACCUGCGAAUUUGAUACGUGACGUUGACUCUGUGUGGACGGUUGUAGACUCCAACCAUUUCAGUAUUCACUGGUGGUGGCGUAUGCAAAACAUGGGUUCUUUAUUCUUUUUCAGGUAUUUUUUCCUUAGUGUGUUUAAAAUGUACUUGUUAGAUGUUCUUCAUCGUUUAGUAAUUUACUUGUGGACUAAAAGAUACAAGUGUUGCAUUAAAUCUGCCAAUUAUGUUAUGCUAACAUUCGUGUGCAGUUUAACUGUUCACUUCACCUACCCUUUUAGUAAUAUAUAAAGGCACUUUUCAGUUUUGUGGAAUGUAUUAAUUUAAAUGUAUAUUAUUUUAUCAAGUCCUUUUUUCUGUGAUGUCCUCUUUAAAGUUGGGUUAUUACAGUAUUCCAUGUAGGGUUUGGCCCAUUUGACAAUAAACAGGAUGAUAAUUCUGUCCAUUUA